AUGGCGGCUGGAGCGGUAGUUAACGCUGUGGAUACUGCCAAGGAACUCGUCACGAACGCUUUCCGACGCAGCAGCUUGAAUGACGUGUAUGAGAAGGCCAAGAGCAGAGGCGAGCACCUGAAGAGGAAGAAGUGGGUAAUGUUACUGUUCGAGUACUCGGUAUACGCCUUGAGCCUUGCAUUCAUCUACUUCGUGCUGGUUGGAGUUCCAUUGUGGAAAGGUACGGUAUGGUGGUUGUAUUGGGUAGUCAGCAACAAGUUUGUGGUGGCAGGGACGUGGUCGGUAACCAUUGGGCUUGCAAUCAUAUAUGCUUUCCCGCCACUCCUUAUGCUUUUUGAGAAGGAGCCUCCAAUGCCUGAGGAUCUCAACAACAUUGAUGCGACGAAGACGCCGAACGUUCACAAUGUCGCCUUGCUGAUCCCCUGCUACAAGUCCGCCAAGAUUAUCGGGCCUACGCUCGAAGCUGCGUUGAAGAUCUUCCCGCGAGAUCAUAUCUUCAUCGUCGCUAACGGCAACAGCCCGACGCCGUUGGACAAUACCGAGGAAGUCUGCAAACAGUAUGGCGUCAACCAUGUCUGGUCGCCUAUUGGGUCGAAACUCGUUGCGCAAUUCGUCGGCUGCUAUGCUGCGAAGCAUUUCGAGAACGUGCUGAUUAUCGACGAUGACUGUUCACUGCCUCCGAACUUCCCGAUCGUCAGCGAUCGGUUGAAGGGCAAGGUCGGCUGCAUCGGCUAUACUAUCAAAUCUGUCGGACCCGAUUCCACGAAAGGCACGCUCUGCCACCAGGCGCAAGACCUCGAAUAUAAGCUCAGUGGACUGCAGCGCCAGUUCGCCGGCUUCGUUGGCUCUGCGACAUUCGCGCAUGGGGCCAUCUCUCUGUGGAACACGCAAUUCUUGAUCAAGACUUUCUACACCCACCCCGGCUUCAGCGUCAGCGAGGACUGGUUCUUCGGCCAUGUCGCGCGUAAACUGGGCUGCCGCAUCAAGAUGUGCAGUGCCAUCUUCGUCGAGACUGAGACUCCUCCUGCCAUCUUCUUCUCCGGCGGUGGCUCUCGCGGUGGCUUCGGCGAGAUGACCAUCUUCAAGCAGCGCUUCUACCGAUGGAACUUCUUCUUCGUCAACGGCCUGUAUUACAACAUGGGCUACAUUCUCGGGUCGUGGAAACUCGGCUUCUGGGAGCUCGGAGCGAAGCUAUUCGUCUUUCAAGAGGUGUACGAGACACUGCUUUACCUGAUCGCGCCUUUUAUGCUGCCCAUCUCAUUCAUCGUCCGGCCGGCUGUUGCUGGAUACCUCACGGCCGCGACCUUUGUGCUGUACUUCGUCACUGUUACGAUCUUCAACGAAGUCCAUCUCCGGCUACGAAACGAGCGUGUGGGUUUCGUGGCAUUGUACAUCUACUACAUGCCGUACAAGUUUAUCCUUACGGUUGUCAACAUCGGAUCGUGUUACUACUCGCUAUACAAAUACGCGAAGUACUUCGCGAAGCGGCAUCCCAAAGUGAUCGAAGAUGAGAGGGCUGUAGAAGUCGUUCUCCGUCUUGAUGAGCGCCGCCCUGCAAACACAGCAGAAGCGAUGAGUGGACGCAGGAUGACGGUCGGAGCGGUAGGUCUAAGGCUUGGAUCCGUCAGUGGUGGCCGUAUGAGCAUAUCGCCGCUGGACGUUCAACCUAACCAGCGUCUGGCCAGCAUCACGGAGAACACCACUCCGUCAACGCCCAGACGAUCUGGCGACUUGCCAUGGCAGUCAUCCGAUGCAUUGCCAUAUGACAUGACGGCUGCUCCGAAGCUUGCGCCCGUUGUUUCAAAUCCGAUUCCGCCAAAAUCGGACGUCGUCGAUUUCGCUGAGCAGCAAGCCGCGGCUCGAACGUUGCUAUCGCCAGCUUCGAACGACAUGCUGCUGCGGACUGUGGGCGAGCAGCCUUCUCUCGACUUCGCGCUUAGUACCGAACACGAAUUGUCGCAUCAGGCUUCGUGGAGAACCGAUCAGAGCGAUGAUAGAGUAGUCAGCUCCGCAAGGAGUAUGGUUUGA